UGCCUCCGGUAAUCGAUGACGCAAGAAGCAGCAGUGACGUCACAGUCAACGAGGGACGUGACGUAAUGAUGACGUGUGAGGCCCGUGGCGAUCCUCAUCCAAUCAUACGCUGGAUAAGAGAAGAUGGGCAGAAAUUCAACCUUAACUCUUCUUUAAGUGUAGAGGAACACGUUGGGCGAAGCUUGGCCCUCCCAGCCGUCCAUAGGAACGCCAGUGGCGCCUUCCUCUGCAUAGCGGCCAACGGCGUCCCCCCCUCUGUCAGCAAGAGGAUCCUACUCACUGUAAAUUUUUCUCCUAAGAUCGUUAACGAGGGCGGGAGUGGGCGUGUGGGCGUGACCAUGGAGGGCGUGGCCGCCCUCACCUGCAGAUUCCACGCCCGCCCGCUGACGGAAGUGCGGUGGUAUCGCGGCCCACGCCAGGUCAAAGGUCACGGGUCAACAGUCACAAUAGAGACCAGCAGCAGCGAUGAGGAGGCGGGUCUGUGGCAGUCAGUACUCACCGUACAGGUGCAGAGGAGCCGGGACUUCGGACAUUACAGGUGUUUCGUCAGCAACUCCCUUGGCGAGGACGAGACCUCCUUCGAUCUCAUUGAAUUGAAAAUGUCUUUUGACCUUCUUUAG